GACAGCACUGACUGCCCCUCCCUGACAUAUAAUUUCUUUUUUCUUUCUUUAUUCAAGAACUUGAUGUUUCUUUUAUAGAUCAUGCACUACACAUUACCGUCAGUGACAACAAAAACAGCAGUAGUGGCUCUACUUACUGUUUCCGCGGUUACAGUGGCUGUGACAGCGCAAGAGCAAGAACAAUCUCAAACAUCACCUUAUCUGGCCGUUUCUUCACCUGUAUGGCUCGCUGAUUUCAAAGGACCGCUUGACAAUGCUCGAUCAUCACUUACACUAGACGAGGAUAGCAUAAAGGUGCGACCGCUCGACAAGGUCAGUAACCUAAAUCUCGGCAACUAUCCGCCUCCCAUGAAAGCACCGCCGGUCGACGACCCAGAAGUGCAGGCAGUCAUCAAGCAGCUCGACUGGUCCAAAGUUCCAGAUGCACCUGUCCGGCGAGCAAAAAACGGCGACUUGAAUUUUACUACUUAUGAUACAGAAAGCGAUCCUCACUGCUGGUGGUCAAGCACACUCUGCAAAAAACCUAAGUUGGAUUAUAUUCCUGAAGACGUGAGCUACUGUCCACAUGCCGGUGAUUGGGGUCUCAAUUAUGACGAUGGGCCCUAUCGUGUCUGGAGCGAGGACGAAGAUGAAAAAAAGUAUGAAGAGCCACGACUAUACAACUUUUUGAUCGAACAAGACAAGCAAAAGGCAACCUUGUUCUUUAUCGGUUCCAAUGUCAUGACAUUCCCCGAGGCAGCUCAGCGCGCCUUCAGUGACGGACACACCAUCUGCUCGCAUACCUGGUCACAUCCAUUAAUGACGACACUGAGCAACGAACAAAUCGUGUCUGAGCUUUAUUUUACUCAAAAGGCCAUCAAGGAGGUCGUUGGUAUUACGCCCAAGUGCUGGAGACCACCGUUCGGAGAUAUCGAUGAUCGCGUACGAGCCAUUGCUUGGCUUAUGGGCAUGCGUGCCAUUUUAUGGGACAGAGAUUCCAAUGACUGGGCCUUGGCGGCUCAAAGCAUCAGUGCUGCUACAGUAAAUGGAUAUUUCAAUGAAUGGGUAGAACUCCGAGUAGCCGACAAAGAUAACGAGCACGGACAUAUUCCUCUUCAGCACGAGUCAAGCAACGAAACCAUCAUGCUUACCGAAAAAUGGUUGCCUGAACUAAAGAAGCACUUCAACGUUGUCCCUAUUCAUCAAUGCAUUGGUGACGAGAGUCCAUAUUGGGAGGAUUUAUCGGAGAACCAGUCAGCAGCAGCAGCAGAUAAGCAUGUGGCUCAAGCGGAAAAGCACGACGAUUCUAGUCAACAACAGCAAGAGAAGCAGGAUAAUAGCAACUCGCUACCUCACAACAAGAUUGCCAUAGGCUCUAACAAGACGUUAUCCAAAGAUCAUCAUCAAAAACUCCCUACAUCUGCUGCACCUUCUUUCCAUGCCAUAGACUUUACACUCUUACUAUCUACCAUAAUUCUUUUUGUUGUAUUCGCUUAAAC